AUGAAGUUCUUCAGGAGAAAAGAUAAGCGGAAGAACGAUGGCAGCAUCAGCACCCCCAGCCGGCUGCCGGGCUUCGGCAGCAGCUCGAGCAGCAAGCAAUCGGCCUCGGCGUAUGGCGGAUACGGCUCCGUCGACCCCCGGCCCGAUAGCUACCGGCCUUUCGGCUCGCCUCCGUCCAACCCCUUCGACCCAAGGUCCGCCGGCCGCUCCCAGCCCACGCCAACGCGCUCUUCGGCCGCGCUUCUUUCCCGCUUUCCGGAAGCCAUCCUUGAGCGCAUCUUCACUUUUGUCUGCCCCCACAGCCGCGACGAGACCUACGCCACGUGCGAGCAGAGUUCGGUCGAGGAUGGCUGUGGGCUAUGUGACCUGCGCGAUCUAGCGCAUUGCGUCGCGGUUUGUAGGAGGUGGAAGGGAGAGGCCAUCAAACUACUAUAUCACAGCAUCCGUAUCGAUAGCGUACACUACUGUGAUCUCGAAGCCAUCCUCGCUGAGCGCCGAAAGCGGCGAUCCUUCUUCGACCGAAACGGCCAGCCCGAAGACCCCGCACAAGCCCGCCUGAAGCUCCUCUGCCGCACGCUUCGGGAGGAUCCUGUCCGCCGAGGCCGGCUCGUUCAGUUCCUCAAGAUGCCAUAUAUGCUGCGCGAAUCCUGCCAGGCUGAUCUGGCGCGGACGAUUGCUGUGACACCGGACCUGCACUACGUCGACUUGCCCGAGGGCCUCUACACAGACGACUCCGCGUUCUUGACUCUCCGCCUAGAAGUGCAGGCGAGAUGCCUCGAGUUGCGAAAGAUGACGUAUAUGGGAGGCUCCGAGAACAGCCUCCAGGCGCUGGCAACGGGGAGGGUGUGGACCAAGCUCGAGGUGCUGGAGCUCACUCGGAUAGAGAUGGAGCCGAGCAUGAUGCGCCAGGUGCUGGGCUACCUGGAAAACCUGCGCGCGCUGAAGAUCAGCCAGACCACGUCCUUCACCGACGAGACUUUGGAGUGGAACGAUAUGCUGCCGCCGUUCCCCCCAGUGGAGGAGUUCAUUCUUACUGACGUUCCCAACGUUACGUGUGAAGGGCUCAAGGGGUGGUUAAUGCUGCCGGAGGCACGGCAGGCGCUGAAGGUGCUCACACUAAAUGGGACCGGUGCACGAGCCUGGGCCUUGCAGGACCUCAUGCACUACACCCCCGUGCUCAAGCACUUGUCCAUUCUCGACAGCGUGUCGGCUGCCUUGCCAGCCGCCGCCGGAACCCACAACAUCCCACCGCUCUCCUCCACCAGCCUCGAGUCCCUGCACUUCGAAAUCACAGCGGCGCCCUCCACACCCAAAUACGCAGGCGUCACAGCAAGCUACUACAACUACCUCGCCGGCUCCCUCCUCUCGGGCGGCCUCCCCAACCUGCACGCCGUCUACGUCCGAGACCCCAACUUCCCCGACCUCCUCCUCGGCCUACCCCCGCCCACCCCAGCAUACGCCGAAGGCCGCGGCGCCCGCCCCGCCAGCAGCGGCUCCAACUCGCCCUUCUCCUCCCCCCUAUCCUCCCCCAGCAACCGGCCCGCCCACGGCGGUCUCCCGCCGCUCUCCCCGCCCUCCGCCCCCUUCGCAGGCCGCGGCCACCGCCCCCAGGGCUCCCUCUCCUCCCUCAACGGCUCCUUCAACCCGGGCGGCGGCGGCGGCGGCGGCCUCGGCGUGAGCCCCAACCCCAACCCGCGCUUCAGCAGCAACAACCCCUUCGCCUCCCUCACCUCCCCGCCCGUCCCCGGCCUGGGCCUCGGUGGCGGUUUCAUGAACCUCCCCGCCAAACUCGAGGUCUUCACCAAGGGCGAGGACGACGAUCAGCUGGGCUGGUCGUUUGUGCAAAUCGGCAAUGGCGGCCAUGGCGGGCGCGGAGGAAGAGGAGGUGCCGCCGGUGGGGGUGCCGGUGGUGGUGGUGGGGGUGGGGGUGCCCCGGAGAGACCGCUUAGUAGCUAUGGGCUUGGUGCGGAUGUCCUGGGCGGGAAUGCCUCCGGGUGGAGCAGCGGUGCUGGGGCCAGGCGCAGUGUGCUGGUUAGUGGCGUGGGUGGUGCGGGCGGUGGGUUCUUGGCGGUGCCUGGUGGUGGUGGUGGUGGUGAUGGUGGGCAGAGGAGGGGGAGGAUGGAUAGUUUGGCUGGUGGUGGUGGUGGGGAGGAUGAGUGGCCCAGGCCGAAGAGUAGUGCGGGUGAGAAGAGGAGGGAGAAGAUGGAUUUGUGGCGGUGA